AAAAAUCGACUUUUAGAUCCUCGUCUAUAUUAAAUAAUAAAGGUGGUUGGUAUAUUGGCGAAAAUGUUAUUGAAUUCACUAAGAAGAAAUGUUGGGCUAUCGCUAUUUCGUUAUAGAUCUCAAUCCACUGCACCUGCGGUCGCUUCAACAGAACCUGAAGAUAUUGCCAACAUUGAGCAACGUAUCUUGAAUCAUCCGGACUAUUUCGAAGUUCACAACUUAUUUACGGUGAGGGAUCUUUUCAAUGCACGUGUUCACUUCGGUCACAAAGAAGGGUCGCUAGAUGAUCGUAUGCGUCCCUAUAUAUACGGCAGCCGGUUAGGACAUUUGCUUUUCGACUUGGACAAAACAGCUUCACACCUACGGGAUGCAUUGAACAUAACGGCUCAUGUCGCUUUCAGGGAUGGGAUCAUAUGCUUCUUCAAUCGCAAUGCAUUAAAUGCCCAUUUGGUUGAGAAGAAGGCAAUGGAAGCCGGGGAAUUUUCUCACACUCGAUUUUGGCGCGGUGGUAUUUUUACCAAUUCCAAUAUACAGUUUGGAGCUAUUACAAGGCUACCGGACUUGUGUAUAUUUUUAAAUACACAAAACAAUGUACUAACACAACAUACUGCUGUAAGGGAUUGUGCUAAAAUGGCCAUACCUACUGUCGGAAUUGUUGAUACCAACUGCAAUCCCAAUUUAAUAACAUACCCAGUUCCCGGCAAUGAUGACUCUCCAGCAUCUGUAGAACUUUACUGUGAACUAUUCAAGUCAGCGAUAUUAAGAGGCAAGCAAAAACGACUUGAAUUGUUGGGCGAAGCAGAUCCCAAAAUACAUGAUGCGGAUAAAGCCAAGAGAAAAACUAAAAAAUAAGUAUUUAUAUGAUUUUUAUUCUAUACAUGUUAAUUAGGUUUCCUGUUAAUAAAACGCUCUGCAACAAA